AUGAUCAACAAGGAGACCAUAGUCUAUUCAAAUGGCAUAUUCCAUGGUCUUCCAACCUAUCCUAGUACCCCGGAUACGCAAAAUCUAACAGCUCUUGUGGCGGGAGCCACGGGUCUAUCUGGGUAUCACAUGGUCAAAGUCUUAGCUGCGUCACAGCGCUGGAAAAAGAUAUACUGCCUGAGUUCGAGGCCUCCUCCAGAAAACUUCUUUGCUGAUCUUGGAGCUGGCAGUGAGAAAGUCGAGCACGUGACCAUUGACUUUCUUAGACAACCAACCCAGAUUGCAGAAUGUCUUAGCGACAGGAUUAAGCACGUUGAUUACGUGUUUUACUUUUCGUACAAGCAGCCACCUCCCAAAGGUGAUGCCUUGGACCUCUGGGCUCAUGCUGAUGAGCUGGCCAAGAUCAACCUGUCUUUGUUCAAAAAUUUCAUCGGAGGUCUACAGCUAGCAGAGCUAAAACCAAAACGAUUUAUGCUCCAGACAGGAUCGAAACACUACGCGUUUUAUCUUGGCCCGGCGGCAAUUCCAGCUUUCGAAUCCGACCCGCGUGUGACGCUCGAUGAUAACUUCUACUACGCACAAGAAGAUGCCCUCAUCUCUUAUUGCAAACUUAACGGAUCGCAAUGGACAGUAUCACGACCCACAUAUAUAAUCGGAGCAGUUCGUGACGGGUCUCUCAACCAUCUCAUCGGCUUCGGUAUUUACGCUUCGGUACAGGCGUACAUGAAGCAGCCGCUUUUGUUUCCUGGAGACUACCAUGCUUGGGACCGUGAGCAGCACCAGAGCUCGGGGUUAUUGAAUGCUUAUUUCCAGGAGUGGCUUGUUCUGUCUGAAAGCACCGCUGGUGAAGCAUUCAACAUCCAUGAUGGAAAUUCUUUCACUUGGGGACGACUCUGGCCUUAUCUUGCACAAUGGUAUGGCGUCGAGUGGAAUCCUCCAGAGACGGAUGAUUCCAAAUAUCGAACUGUAAAGAUGGCACUUCCAAUAACACCAAGAGGAUAUGGCCCUCAGGCAACAAUGAGGUCGACAUUCAGCCUUCUCGAGUGGUCUUUAAGGCCCGAGGUGGAGCAGGCAUGGAAGGAAAUUGCUCACAAGCAUGACUUGGUGCUAGAUCCAUUUGAUCCUCUUUACCGCGCUCGCAUCUUCUCAUUCUCUGACUCGGCUGUGAUCGGGGACGGCGCAAUGACCUUGAGUAUGCGGAAAGCUCGCAAGCAUGGCUUUUUCGGCACCGUGGACUCUUAUGAGUCCAUAUUCGACUCCCUCAAAGAGCUUGCCAGACUGAAGAUGAUAAUGCCGCCGGUUUUGGGUGAAUUUGUCGAGUAG